AUGGGCAAUGAACAAGCAAUGCCUAUUCAAAAUUUGCCACCUGGUGUAGUUCAAGGUUCGAAACCUGAACUUAGUCCACGUGGAAACAGUCCGUAUAAAUUCCAGCCAACACACGAAAUUUUAAUUGCAGUUCGUGGUCAGAGGUCUUCUGGAAAAACAACUCUUGUCAACAGAAUUCUUGCAAAACCAUUCAACGAGAGUUAUGUUGCGACUCCGUUUCUUCAAGCUUCUGAAGUUCCUUUCUCAGCAGACUUUACAAAUGGAGAAGUCAUAAACCUGAAAGUUUGGGAUGUUGUAGAAAAGGCUCUUAUUCCUGUUGAUGAUACAAGUAAGAGUGAUUAUCCAGACGCUUCUUCAAUAGACACAUUAAAACGUGCAGACGGCCUAGUAAUUCUAAUUGAUCCUCGCCACAAAGAUACUAUAACACUUGCAAACAAGAUUAUCGGAGAAGCUUCAAUCGAUCUUCCGAUUAUGGUUUUUUCAAAUUUCCAAGACGAAAAUGUUGAUCCAGUCAUACCAGAACUACUCCAGUCUAAGAUCGGCAGAUUCGGUUUUAUACCAGGAUCUCUCAAAACAGGUCAAGGACUGAAAGAAUUACAUAGCUGGAUCUCUGUUCCAUAUAUUUACUCGAAUAAGAAGCAUCUUGAAGCAUUACUCAAACUUACAUCCGAAGACUUAAUCGAAAAGCUUCAACAAGUUAACGAAAAAGUUGUUGAUUUCUUGACAAAAGAAACCGCACUUAUUUCGAUGCCAAAAGUACCACCACCUCCACCAAAACAAGAAGUACAACAGCAGCCAUCGCCAAAACCAAAGCCUGUUGAAGAAGAACCAGAACCAUUGGCCGAAAUCAUUGCUAUGGACAAGAACGCGAGGAAACAAGAGGUCAAACAACAAGAACAGAAACCAGAAGAAAAGGAACCACGCAGAAAAGCACGCAGAAUCAUUCACGUUAAGAGAAGAGAUUCAUCCGACAAAGAUCUUACGAAAUCUACAGAAAGUGUUGGAGAAGAAACUAAACCAUCAUCUCCAAAGACAGUUCCUGAGCAUCCAAAGCCAAAACCAAAGCCAAUUCCUCAGAAAGAUGAAAAUGAUGAUUUCUUUGGCGACGAUGAUGGAAAUGAUGAUGCUAUGAAGCUUCCUAGUGACCAUGAUGAUGAAGAUAUCAAGCCAAAUCCACUCGUUCAAGCAGUUCCUCAAAAGAAAAAGGCUCCUGCUCCAAUUCAACCUCCUGUUCAAGUCCAACAGCCAAAGAAAGAAGAGAAACCAAAGGUUGAUGAUGAAAAUGAUGAUUUCUUCGGUGAUGAUGAUGGAAAUAACAAUGAUGAUGACAUGAAGUUGCCAAGUGAUCAUUCUGAUGAAGAGGAAGUCAAGCCAAACCUAUUGGUUCAAGCUGUUCCACAAAAGAAGACACAGAAACAGGUUAUUCCUGAAAAACAAGAAAAUGAAAAAAUUAUUGAAGAGCCAAAGCCAGAAAUCAAGGUUGAGAAGCAACCAACACCUGUCAAUAUCCCUGUCGUCAACCAGAAACCUGCCGAUAACGAUGAUUUCUUUGGAGAUGACGAUGAAGACGAUGAUGCCCUGAAAUUUGACGAAAAUGCUGAAGUUAAGCUGAAUAAGCUUCCUCCAUUGGAACUCCAGACCGUUUCUUCAGAGGAAAAAUUCGAAGAAAAACAAGAACAAAAAGUAGAAGAAAAAAUUGAAGAAAAAAUCGAAGAAAAAGUUGAAGAACCAAAGCAAGAGACAGCACCACGCAAGGAUUUGCCAAAGAGAAAGGCUGUUAAGCUGAGAAGAGGCCAUCAUUAA